GGCGUAGAAGCACAGGCCUGCACCAAACUUAACUUGAAUCUGGCCAAGGAGAUAGCAGAGGCCAGUCUAAGAGCUCCGGAAAGGCACAAAAUAUUACACAGCCUAUCCCGGCAAGUCUUACCCGCGCUCGCUUGCCUCCAAUUCCCUGGCAAUUGUUUGAAGGAGGGCGAGUAAAAUACCAAGGAAUGGCUAGCCCUCGCCUUUCAGACCCACAGGGCUUCCCCUGUGUUUUCUGGACCGGCUCUGCUGUACGAACCUGGCCUUGUUUUCCAUGCAAGUAAUAAAAGUUUGAUCUCAAUGUGUGUUAUUGUGAGGUUACGAGUGAUAAAAUUACAAUGUGAAACCUUUGGUAUUGUGAAUAGCGUCGGUUUAAGACAUUAAUCAUGUUAUGGCAUUGGUCGAUUGUAAUUGACAGGGGAAGUGAUGAGGGACACUUGUGACUCAAAUGCAAUAACUGGAUGGAAUUAUUGCAAAACACAUCAACUGAACAACAAUGGCUGCCGGCCCAACCAAGCUCUUGGUGGUUCCCAUCCGGAGAUUGAUUCCUGAUCUUGGAAAUCCGGGGAAAGAAGCAUUCCGUAAAGACAAGAUUCAAUGACGGAUAUUAAAAUAUUCCACAAAACCCGAAUUCAAGUUGUUGGUAGCGAUGACCAUGGAGCUAUCGCAAUUUGAAUCUUGUCAUGGAGGUCAACCCUCCUCUGGCCUAGUCUCACAUUUGAACGAAGCAUCGCAAGACAUCAUGGCAGGCAUUUCGAGUCCACAAGUCAUGAAUAUUGUUACGAAGACCCAAACUUUAAAGAAAAAAUCCCAGAUCCAGACCGAGGAUUUCAAGAUCAAGAAGGUCAAAUUAAUCAUUACCACACGCCAAGAAGAGCUUGAGCGCCAACAACAUCUACAGCAAAACCGUGAACAAAGGGCAGUGUUGGAGGGUAAAACUAAACGCAAAAAGAUCAAAUCAGUCAAAGCCAUUAAGACCAAAAAUGUACCAGCAGAUGAAGGUUUCAAUGCAUUUGAUUUCCUUGAAGAAGUAGAGAAAUCAGGUGGAGUUGAAACGAAAACCGUUCCGCAUCCUUGGCCAGAACAACUGAUUACUCCAAAUCACAAAGAUGGAAUCAAGGAUGAGCCUGAAAUCCCCAAGAUUAGUACCAAAUUGAGACCGUCUAGAAAGUCUAAACCAAAAAAGGACGAAGCUGAGAUAGCUGCUGAUCUAGGGGACGAUACUGAACCAGCGGACGACUCCAAUGAGGAUUACAAUCCAAACCAAGACCAUGAUGAAGGAGACAGUGAAAUUGAGGAGGAGGAUGCAAUCGAAGAAAUGAAAUCAGACGCUUACACUGACGAUGAGGAUAAUAGGCCUCUGAGAUCUCGCCGGAUAAGAUCUCGAAGAAAACUUUACGAGACGUGCUUGAGCGAUCCAACCGAAUCUGAAUUAUCGAUGACCCCCGAAAACAUUGCCAAAUUCGGGGGUGAGCCCAAGGGAGAGUCUUUGAUAAAGUUUCAUGAUGGAAAGUUGUCAGCCGUUUAUCUGGACCAAUACGUCCUGUUCAAAUCCAAACCUGAAGAGCCUCUACGAAAUGGAGCAGAGAAGGAGGAGGAGAAGGAGGAGGAGAAGGAGGAGGAGGAACAAGAAGAUUGCAAUAAAGUAUUCGGUUGUCCAUUCUGUGAUUUUUCGGGGAUGAAGAACAAUUGGUUGGGCCAUUUGAAGCUUCGACACAAGGACAAGAAUCUGAUUUAUUGCGCUUUGGGCCAAAACUGUUACAUGCCCUUCCAACAAAAGGAUCUGUUGAAAAAUCAUGUGGAUGCCGAACAUCUUGAGUCGGAGAAUUCAUGUCCAACCUGCGGUAAACUCUUCAAAUGGCCAAGUAGUCUCCGGAACCAUAUGCAAAGCCAUCUCAAGGAAGGUGAUCAUAAGAAGCAAAUGUUCAUUUGCCCGUUUUGCGGCAAAAAGUUCAAUACCCGCACGGGGUUCCGUUCCCAUGAAGCCAUCUAUCAUACGAAGAACCUUCGCCAUAAGUGUGAUUGGCCUGGCUGUGACAAAAAGUUCUACAAUGCGAGCGACUUGGUCAUUCACAAACGCACUCACACGGGUGAAUUGCCUUACACGUGCUCCUAUUGCGGCAGCGGGUUCGUGUCCAAAUCCAGAAUGAUGCAGCAUGAGAGACAAAUGCAUCUGGGUGUGGAAAAGGCGGAUGUGGAGUGCGAGAUUUGUCAUCACAAGAUGAAGAGGAGAAAUUACACAUUCCACAUGAAGACCCAUAAGGGCUUGACCAAGGCCUGGUGUGGUGUGUGUGGGAAGGAAUUUCCCACCCAAGGUGCAAAGCGAAGGCACGAGAAGAUCCAUUUUCAGGAUAAGAAACAUGCCUGCAAGUUCUGUGGGAAGGCCUUCGUCCAAAGAUCCAAUAUGGUCUCACAUGAGCGGAUCCACACGGGAGAGAAACCAUUUCCAUGUAAAUGGUGCGAGGAACGAUUCGUUCAACAAACCAGACGCAACCAGCAUCAAAAUGGUUGCCGUCUCAGGCAACAAUCAGGGUCGGAGACAGGGAUCCUGUUUGACACGUUCCAGACCGCGACCCUGCCAAACACGUCGUUAUAGCUAUUGAGAGUAGCAAUCGAUAAAAGUCAGAAUAAAUCAACGGCAUUUCGCCCAAUCGCACAUUCACAGGUCAAUUUUGAUUGUAAUAAUUUAUUCUCCUCCAACGAAGGAUUGUUAACAACAUUAAAAUUCGGAAUGGUUGACUAUGAAACUGAACGGACACAUUCCACUCAAGGGAAACAUCGGUCCCUGUGAUUCAAAUACAAACAUUAGUACAAAGGAGAAGGCCUUUUCUUUCAUCAUCAACGAGUCGUUUUUGACUACAUCUUGGUUGGUUGUGUUUUUUGGUGGGUAGUUGGUUGGGUGGGAGGAAUGCUGGAACUUUGCCCAAGGUCGUCGACCAUUCUAGUCCAAAGAACCGAUAGCUUGCGACUGACUGAUAUCUUUAUCUAUGACUAUGGAACUUCAAACAAUAUUCGUAACAGGAUUCGGGUACUUUGAGAAUGGGUUAAGUCACAUAAAAAGGGCUUUGAUAUGAUUCGGUGAGUUUUCAUGGCACAAA